AAACAAAUAUGGCAGCAUCCAUAACAGAUUUGGAGAACAACUUCCUUUCUCUCCCGAAUGAAAUAAUAGAAUUAAUCCUUCACGAUAAUAUUCUAGAUUUUAGAGAUAUUACCAAUAUAUCCACAACGUGCGUGCGUUUACGGACUUUAUGUCAAAGCAACGAAUUAUGGAGGAGACAGUUACAGCUGAGAUGGCCAAAUCUCCUUAAAAGAUACUCCAGAACAAAGUCACAUGAUUGGCUGAAAGAGUAUAAGAUAUGUCAUGUGACACCAAAAAAGGUUGCUGCCAUGGUAGACCAGUUGUCACCAGCCUACUAUCAAGUUGAUGAAGUGUCUAAGGAGGGAUUUUCUGAGUUUGUAGUAUUGUUGGAGGAAAAUGAAGCUGGUCCAAUCAUUCUUGACACACUACUGGACAUUGUGAAUAGUGAAAAAGACAAACAUAAGAACUUAACACGGAAGUUCUAUGCAACAAAAGUGAUUCGCCAUAUAACACUAAAACAUCUGACAACAAAAUGGAAAGAACAUAUACAGUUACCAGAAGAUCAACAGUUAUUGGAGACAGGUGCAGUGAUGUUAGCCCAAUGGUGUCAGCCAAGUCUGUCUAUCACAGAAAAUGAAAUAUCAGACCAGCUUGAUGUUAUUGCUGCAAAAGUCAUAACACAAUGUCCUCCUGGGAUAGCUGAGAAAAUAAAUGGUGGUAAAACAUUUGAACUCACGCCACCCCAACAGAGAACAGUGCUUGAGAAUGUUAAUCAAGUUUUGUAUUAUGACAUUGGUUUCCAUGGCAACUCAGAAGAUUAUUAUAAUGAGAAGAAUUCAUAUAUAAAUCAGGUUUUGAAUUUGAAGUCUGGUAUUCCAAUCACUCUUUCCAUUGUUUACAUCAGUGUUGCAAGGCGACUGGGUAUAGAACUGCAUCCUGUUAACUUCCCAUCACAUUUUCUGAUCAAAUGGGAGGAACAUCCAAUGGGAACUCCAGAAAAUCAGUACACAUACAUUGAUGCUUAUGAAAAGGGCAGGUUUCUUACACAAAGUGAAUUAUCAACAAGAAUUGGACUACCUGAAGAAAUGGCUAAUCUAGCAGACCUGUGUAGAUCUGUGCCACCUGUUAUGGUGUAUCAGAGAAUGACGAGAAACUUGAUAAUAAUUGGACGACAACAGGGCUUUGGACAGGGACAAUUAUUGGGAUUGAGAAAUGCCAUGGAGUUGUAUCUAGUUAUCUCCCCUGAUGAUGCAGAAGUUCUCAUGUUACAAGCAAGAGUCAAUCUUCAUCUUAAUGUGGAUUUGACAGAUGUGAUAGAUAACUUACAGAGAACUGAGAGUUUUGACAACAGACAGGCUCUGGUUGCACAUCUAUUGGAGGAGGCCAGACGACAGAUGUUGAAUUAUGAGAGUGAAAGAAAGAAAAAAAGAAAAGUGAAGCAAAGAAGUGAUAAUCCAAAUGUAGCAUUUGCCGUUGGCAUGGUGAUGAGACAUAGAAGGUAUAAUUACAUGUGUGCGAUAUAUGGUUGGGACUCGAAAUGUCAGGCGAGUCAGGAAUGGAUUUAUCAGAUGGGAGUCAACCAUCUUCCUAAGAAAGACAAACAGCCAUUUUACAAUGUGCUUGUAGACGAUGGUAGCAAUAGAUAUGCAGCUCAAGAAAAUUUGGAAAUUCCAGAUUCCAUUCCAGAAAUAACACAUCCAGAAGUUGGGAAAUACUUCCAUGAGUUUGCUGGAAAUCAUUAUAUCCCAAAUAACGAAAAGCUUUCUGAAUAUCCAGGUGACAUGGAAAUUGUACAUAAACUUUUAAGUUCGGACAGAGAGGAGGCAACAGAUAUGAACGCAAUGCCAUCGUAACAAUGUAGACGAAUUCUACAGACCUUAAUAUUUGUUUUAUAAAAAGAAAAGAGCUGUGAUAAUUGUUUGUUGAUUUAUAAUGGCUUUCCUUUUGAUAAUAUUUUAAAAUCAUGA